CUCAUUCUCUCACCAACAAAAAACCACGAACCAGCGAGACCAGACCGUCUCCCCUGGCCCUCUCUCCGAUUCAGCAAAAUUGCCACCUGUUUCCGCAUCCGCCUCUACCGAGGUUUUAGACACCGCGGCGCAGGCGCUCUUCCCAUUUCUCGCGUCCCGCGAGGCAGCCGCAACUCGCCAUCACCACCUCCCGAUCCGCGCGCUUUCUCUCCCGCGCCCCCUGCGGAUCUGCCGGCUCUGGAAGGGCGAGAGGGCGCUGGAGUCGUCUCGGCGGCGCUAGGGUUGAAGCUGGUGGGGGAAGGAGGAGGAGGGGCAUGAGGAUUAGCGAGCUGGGAGAGUGUGACGGGGUGCGGUCGGAAGGGGAGGAGGAGCAGCAGGUGGUGGUGGAGGAGGCCAGCGUCCGCGGCGGCGUGGUGGUAGCGCGGCUGAGCGCGAAGCGUGCGCUCGUCGGCGCCGGCGCCAGGGUGCUGUUCUACCCGACGCUGCUCUACAACGUGCUGCGCAACCGGUUCGAGGCGGAGUUCCGGUGGUGGGACCGAGUCGACCAGUAUAUUUUGCUAGGUGCUGUUCCUUUCCCAAGUGAUGUUCCACGUUUGAAGCAACUUGGAGUUCAGGGAGUUGUAACAUUGAAUGAGGCUUAUGAGACCCUGGUCCCAACAUCUUUAUACCAGGCCCAUGGGAUUGACCACCUUAUUAUUCCCACAAGAGACUACCUGUUUGCACCAGCCCUCCAGGAUAUUUGUCAAGCCAUAGAUUUUAUCCACCGGAAUGCAUCAGAAGGUGGCAUUACUUAUGUUCACUGUAAAGCUGGAAGAGGGCGUAGCACGACUAUUGUUUUGUGUUAUCUGAUUAAAUAUCGGAGCAUGAGUCCAGAAGCAGCAUUAGAUCAUGUCCGAUCCAUUAGGCCUAGAGUACUUUUGGCACCAUCGCAGUGGCAGGCUGUCAACGUUUUUAGUACCCUCACCACCGGGCGUCUUCCAAUACAGAGUAAAAACCUGGGCCAUUUUCUAGAAGCCGGGGAUGACUGCAUCACCAACUCAGAAAUUGAUGAUUACUACUCCAUGGAGCUUGAUUACGAAGAUAGUGGUUUACCCCUUUGUCAAGUAAUGUUACCCAGGCCAACGAGCCCUACAGUGUGUACUGACGCAGUACUCAUAACAGAAGCGGACCUCGAGGGAUAUGAUACUUAUGCCGAUACCAGGAAGGACGUUGUGUCGUUGGAAGUGAUAGUCAGCCGGAAGCCCAUCAUGAGAAGACUAUCAUGUCUCUUUGGAUCUCUGAAACUUACCAACAAUUGUGAGCCAACCCCAAGCCGGUUUGCUGAGGUUCGGGCCUGCUAGGUAAACCAGCAGGCUUUUAUGCAGUUUUCAAUGCUGUGAAUCAAGGGUACAUAGUAGUAGAUAAUAAUAGGCAGUUAGCCUGUUAGACAUGGUAGAAACAGUGAUGUUUCUACUUUCUCUUAUCGCGGCAAUGCCACCGGGAAGAAAAUGUGUGCAUAGUGAGUUUGGAGAGUGUAGAGAUGUGGAUGUGCGGAUUGUCCUUGUUUUUUAACCCUGAAAACGUGAGAUUUCACUUAAUGGUUGUUUCUCCGAUCGGAAUAAAAAGAUGUCCAUGUUCCAUGUCA